GCGGUCAGUGCAUCAUCAGUUUCGCAGUGCUGCGCAGAACCACGGCUACAUUAAACGUGGUGCCUCUGAACUACCUCAUUUUCAGGACGGAAGAGCGCGUACAAGAUACAAUCUUGUUGCCUAUUACAGUUAUUUUUCUGAAACAGGUGUUGCAAGUAAUACGAAUUUCGUUCAGCUCCUCAAAGGUAGCCUUUUUUGGUUUUCAGUUUAAAUUGGGAAAGCAAUUAGUGCCCUUUCAAAAGCAAAAAUGAAAACCAAGUUCAUAAACGGGGUAUCAUCUUCCCCUUCGAUGUCCCUUGGCUUGCUGGUCUCCGAACACGAACUGCACGUCCAACCCGACACAGAACCAGAAUGCAAAGAUGUAGUUCGCCCCGAGGAACCAGACCAACAGACAAAACACAAGGCGUAUUUGUGGUGCAAAGAAUUUCUUCACGGUGUGUGGAAAACGUUGCAUGAAGAGGAUUUCCAAAUCAGCAUUAUAAGGGGAGGCCUGAGCAACAUGCUCUUCCUCUGCGCCCUGCCUGACGACGCUCCCAGCGUGGGCGACGAGCCCAGGGAGGUGCUCCUGCGUCUGUACGGCGCCAUCCUGCAGAUGUCCUGUAACAAAGGAGGGGCCAAAGAAAAUAACACUGAAGGUGCGGAGGCCAUGGUUCUGGAGAGCGUGAUGUUUGCGAUCCUGGCAGAGCGGGAGCUGGGCCCCAAACUCUAUGGCAUCUUCCCCCAGGGACGGCUGGAGCAAUACGUCCCUAGCAGAAGACUGGACACGAGUGAACUGGGCAUUCCAGGCACGUCCGCUGAAAUCGCACAGAAGAUGGCCAGAUUCCACGGGAUGAGAAUGCCGUUCAACAAAGAACCAAAAUGGCUGUUUGGCACCAUGGACAAGUACCUGAACCAGGUGCUGAAGCUCACCUUCAGUCGGGAGUCUCAGGUGCGGCAAUUCGCCCGGCUCAUGGCCUUCAAUCUUCCCCAGGAGAUGGAGACCCUCAGGUCGCUGCUGGACUCUACCCCCUCCCCUGUGGUCUUCUGCCACAAUGACUGCCAGGAAGGAAACAUUCUGCUCCUGAACGGGCGGGAGAACGCGGAUGACGGACACAGGCUCAUGCUCAUUGACUUCGAGUACAGCAGCUACAACUACAGGGGCUUCGACAUCGGGAACCACUUCUGCGAAUGGAUGUAUGACUACACCCACGAGACCUUCCCCUUCUUCAAGGCCAGCCCUGAGAACUACCCCACCAAAGCGCAGCAGCUGCACUUCAUCAGCAGUUACCUGGCCGAGUACGACGGCGGGUUCCAGAUCCUGAGCGAGGGGGACCAGGUGAAGCUGAAGGAGCAGAUUCUGCUGGAGGUGAACAGGUUUGCCCUGGCUUCACACUUCUUCUGGGGUCUGUGGUCCAUCGUUCAGGCACGGAUAUCCGCCAUUGAGUUUGGGUACAUGGAGUAUGCGGCCGCGCGGUUCGAGGCGUACUUCGCGCAGAAGAGGAGUCUCAGGGUGUGAGCGCGCGGAAGGCCAGGGGAGAAGGGGCCACGCGGAUCGGACGGCGAGACUGGCCUCUCGUUGCGGAGACGUUUCGGGAGGGCUGGGGAGGGGAGCCUGGGUCCUUUCAGGUGGGGGGGGAAGCCCCUGCUUUUGGGGAAGGUGCACAGGACCGACGUCAGACUGAACCCUCCAGCGGGACAGUGUCCUCUCCACCUGCUGUGCAGUGCUUGUGUGUGUGUUUACAGACCGCUCCACUCCGCUCUCCCACGCAGCCAGCUCCUCACUGUGUGGCGGGAUGCUUGGGGUUGUUUUAAUUUCACAUUUUUGGGUUUUUUGUGGGUUUUUUUUUUUUUUUUUUUUUUUUUCUCCUUAAAGGUCCUUCAAGGUCACAAAAAAGAAAAGGGGUUAACUCGUAUGUUCUCUCGGUUUUUGGAUCACUACUAUACAGCACAUGGGUCUGUGGAGGGAGUCUUGUUUUAUACUUUUAAGUAUGGAAUGUAUCUUCCGGUGGACUGCGAACACUAUUGCGCCCUCCACGGAAACCCUGUGUUAUCUUCCGACUGCGCUGAUGGUGCCCUGCAUCACUGCUGCCCUGCUCAAAGCUUAACUGUGUCAUUCGAUCUGACGCUCGCAGUCCAAAGUGUAGGCCGUCUAUUGGAACAGGUCCAAACGCAUCCCCCCGCAUGAAUCGGCUGCCACAUCCACUCACGGUUGUAGACUAUAAUUUCAUUCAUCAAGUGACCAGUCUCAGCGCUAAAAAUGGCUGAGGGAUAUAUUACAGUAUUUUUAGAUCGUCUUGCAGUUUAUGAACAUCUUGAUCGCAUGAAUGGCCUGGCCUAUCUGGCUCACUGGUUGGGUGGCACUGUUGUCAGAGAAUUCCAUUUUGUUUGGUGUGGAAAUUCCUAGCCUUUUUCAGCCAGGUUAUGACUUGGCGUUCCCACUCCUGUGGCUCCUGUAUAACUGUCACAUUGAUACCAAUGUUGUUUAAAUGCAAUGCAUGACCCUCCUGGAAGUCUAGAAUAUUCCUGUUUUCACAUUCAUACAAGCUGUCGACUACUGCUAUCAUGUAAAGAGCCAGCAAUUGUGCCUCAUACUGUGAAAUGUUUUUAUUUUUAUUUUUACAUUUUGUGUGAAAUGAGGAGGCUUAGAAAGCCGUAAGCGUUUAAAUUUCAAGGUGUGGGUUGAAGUCCCAUCAACUGUCAACAGGUCCAGUAGAUAUUGUAAUCAUCCCUGAAAAGACGUAUGGGAGCAUAGUUAAAUCCACCCACCAUACAGGGCCCAUAGGCCCAUAGGAGGAGUGGAGGGUUUAGGUACAACCAGUAUUUGUGCAGUGGGCAGAAUAUAUCAAUGCUCAGCUGGAAAUGGGACCACUGUAUCCUGAAAAUGUGAGUGGGGUGAGGAGAGUACUUUAUAAAACCCUCUCAUUUUUCAUUUGUUUUUCAUUUCAUUUUUUUUUUUUAAGCAUACCUUGGAGUGUACUGUAGUUACAAUUUUUUUUAAAUCAUUUGUAUUGGUAUAAUUUUAGUUUUGAUUGUUAUAUUUGUUGUGCAGAUGUCUUACUGUGAAUUUCUCUUCUUGUGACGGUGUACUCAUUUCAGUUGGGAGUCUUCUUCUCUGAAAUGUCGUAUUAUGAAUGGCACCUUCUAAACCAGUUACUUUUUGUUUUUUACAAGGUUCUAGUUUCUUGACAGAAUAAGCUGUAUUAAUUUCCUGAAGUGGAAACUAGCAAAAAGCAUCUUUUUCUUAAUAAGAAAUGGUUUCUCUGUUCUUGUUUGAUAUAAUAUGUGGUAUUAAUUACCAUGAAUGAUUUGUUUUCUUGGCUCAUAUUCACUGUUUGUCACAGUUGGAGUCAAUUUUCCUUAAAUUUCUCUUCAGUUAUUGCCUAAAUUCCACACGGACUCAACAUGCAAUUUCCAUUUUAUUGAAAUUCAGUUGCAAUUGUAAUUCCAGUUGCUAUUCCCUAACAAAGAAAAACCUUAUUUCUUCAUGAAUAUAGCACUAACUUUGGCAAGACAUGAACAAUCAUCGUAAUCUAAUUAUAUGUAUAUAAUUUACGUAUAAAACAUUAGUGGCCAGAUUACAUAAAUGUAAUAGAAUUUGACUUUGGGAUUUCUGAGAAAUUUCAACCGGACCUGCAUUUUGAAUUGAUCCCCUGCUUUACUCUUUUGUGACCCCAGUAAGGUUUUGAUGCUGCAAACUGUAAAAACUAUUAUUGGAUGUCAACACUGUUUAGCUGCUCCUGUGUAGAUGAAGAAUGUCAGCGGAUAGGUUGGUGAACCUACUGCUACGAUGUUUGCAGCUUAUUUACUGCACCCUGUGAUGCUUUCUGCGAGUUCUGCAAUAAAAAUAUACAAAUAAAAAUAA